GCCAUAUAUAUAUCCAGCUGCGGACAGCCUACAGGGGGGGUUCGUCACUAUCUAGAUGCGCCUAUACCUGGACAAUCCACAUUUUCCAAAUCCACGUAUACCCGUUGCACAACAUAUAGGGGCCGCCAUCGGACGCUUGCAUUCCGCAGACAUUGUUCAUGGGGACCUAACCACGUCCAAUAUGCUAUGGAGGGCUGAUAACAUU